AUGUCAAACCAUCAAGCACUUGUCGAAACGCUCUUGAUGAAAUCAAUUCUUGGCCAAGAGCUCGUGAAUACGAAGUUCCACAUGUUCUCAGGCCGUCGCUCAACAAAUCUACUUCUUGAAGAUGAAGAAGAGGUCAAAGCUAAUCAUACGCCUCCCAGCGAUGUGACUACCGUCCUCGAAGGAAACAUCAGUGAAUCAGAGGAUCAUGAAGACGAUGACUCACUGGUUGUGGCCGACACUAUGUGCGAAAGCGAUGCCUUGGCUGGCCCACCACAAGUAGAAACCCUUAUCACCCUUACUCCAAUUCAUAUAAACCACAAGUACUACCGGAACUUCCAUACUCGUGCGAGACACGGCAUUGAAAACGUUGAAAGCGCUCUUGCGCAGCUGUAUCUGUAUACAGACAAGAUCUCCUUCUCCCCACUCAAGUCGCAGGGACCGCCCAAAACUGAUGCGGAGACCCCAAACCCUAGCACUUCGUGGCCUUGCUCACCGAAGUCGAUGUAUCGUUUAGCUUCCAAGGUUCGACUCGACAGCCUUCGCGAUCAAGCUUUCCGUGCAAUACGAAGUAGUUUGGAUGCGGGAAAUAUUCUCCAAGAACUUUCUUCAUCAUUUACAUCCAAGUAUCCCGCAAUCCUGCAAAUGAAUGUAGAAGUUCUACUCCAGCAUAUCGCGUCUAUUCCUGUCAUCCAGAAUAUCCCUUCGCUGCUCAGGAGGAUCAAUGACUCACAAUUGCCCCAUGGAGCGGACAUUAUCAUCGAUUUGUACCAGAAAUUUCUGCUGCAGUACCAUCCUCAGGCGUUUGCACUUGCGAAUGCACCGAUUGGGAGCACAUCACCUCCUCAGAGGACUGAUAGUGUCUUGAAUACACCGAUUGGGAGCACAUCGCCUCCUCAGAGGACUGAUAGUGCCUUGAAUGCACCGAUUGGGAGCACAUCGCCUUUGCGGAAGACUCAUAAUGCCUCGAAAGCCAAUAGAGGUCCUAGGAAAAAUUAUCAUGCUUCAUACUGGUGACCAGGCCGCAGCGACCGCAAGUUAGAAAACAUCAACGCUUCAAAACAGACCCUACUAUUCGUAUCAUACCUUUUCCCCCUUAUCUCGCACACCACACAAGACAGUUCAUAGAGCACCCCGUCUUGAGUACUAGUCUCGUUUGUUUGUGGCGGUAUAGAAACACUCCCUUAAUAUAUAUAUAUAUUAAAAAUCCUAGUCCUCCGCUGGGGCUGAGCCCUAUGGUAAACAUUACCUACAUAUAUAAUUUACAAGCCCUCCCGACACCUGCUGGUCACAAUUCUGUAGUCUGCGUAGCUGAUAUGCACUGGACGUCGAUGGUGUCGGGAUGUAAGACACCCUCUGAAAUGGGCAACAUCCCGUGAUGCUCGACGGAGUCUGCACGUUUGGAGCUCCCCCAGAAG